AAAUAUAUGACGAAUAAUGAGUAGAAAAGUGUAUUUUUUAUAAACUCAUUAUUGGUGGGUAUGAUAUUGGUUGGUACAUUGAAUACUUUAGUGUACAAGUAUUAAAAUACGACAGUGAUUGAUGGUGUAACAUUUAUACAUCCUUAUAUGCAAGUAUAAUUUAUAUAAUGAAAUGAUAGGCUUUAUGUAUGUUUGUAGGAGAGGCAUGUUGUAUAGUGUUUUACUUUGUAUUUAAAAUGAAAGCAGAAGAAGAUCCAAAUAAAGAAAAUGGAGGGUUUAAAAUAUUGUCGAUUCCAGCAUUGUUUGAUGGAAUUACAUCAUCAUUGUAACACGUUGCAUUAAAUUUCAUUCCGUCAUCUAUAUAUUAAAUGUUAAGAGGAGGAGUAUAAAUAUAACUAUCUAGCUUAUGAUAGUAACAGCCGGAUUUUCAAAAUUUGUUCUAAAGAAAUAAUUGUCAAAAUAGUAACAAUUUGGAAUUCUAUUGGCCAUAUUAGGUAUAUUCAUAGUAGGAUUGUCUAAUUUUUUAUUUAGAAAAUCAAAAAGUGAUGAUUUUAGUUGGGAAAUAAAAUUGAUAUCUAUCGCUUUAAUUAUAGUAUCACUUUUUACUUAAGCAGCUUAAUAUAUAUUUGAAGAAAAACUAUUCUAAAAAUACAAUUAUCAUGUUUUUUAUGUAGUAGGUGUAGAAGGAAUGUGGGGAUUAUUAUAUUUUGGUAUAGUAAUGCCAAUACUAAAUUUUAUACCAUGUAAUUUUGAAGAAGGAUGCGUAUUUCGUAAUGGUUAAGGAUAUUGGGAAUGUACUGAUGUAUUCUUCCAAUAAUUAGGAGCAGAUGCAUGGUUAACUGUAUCUGUUAUCAUGGGCAUAUUUAGCAUUGCAUUAUUUAAUAUAUUUGGUGUUAAUGUAACAAAGUAUGUAUCUGCUUUGACUCGUACUGUUGUAGAUACUAUCAGAACUAUUUUAAUAUGGGGUAUUGGGUUAAUAGUAACAGCUACAACAUCAAGAGUUUGGGAAAAUACAUCUAAAUGGGCAAAUUUAAUUGAAUUAAUUGGGUUUGUUUUGUUAGUCUUAGGCAAUUUGAUAUAUAAAGAAAUGUUGAAAAUUUCAUUUCUUUAAGAUAAAAAGAAAGUCUUAUUAGAAGAAUAAUGA